AUGUCCUCAUCGACUAUCAAAUCUGUGUUGGUCAUUGGACCAGGUGGAAAUGUAGGCAGAUCAACCGUCAAGGCCUUGUUGGACGAGAAAUUCGAGGUCACUGGGCUCACUCGACAAUCAUCUGAGGCCAUUUUGCCUCCAGGUGUGAAACACAUCAAGUCCGACUACUCCGAGGCAUCACUACGCGAUGCAUUCAAAGGCCAAGAUGCAGUCAUAAGCACCAUUUCUAGCAUCGUCCCAGGAGAUGCCUUGACCCUCCAGAAGUCUCUUGUUGACUCCGCCAUAUCUGCCGGCGUGAAGGUCUUCUUCCCAUCGGAGUUCGGUAUUGACACUUCGGAUGGUUCGGCCUCUGAGUACAUUCCAUUCCUCGUGGAUAAGAUCCAGACCGUCGACUAUCUCAAGGCUCAACAAGACAAAAUCUCUUGGACAGCAGUGAUCACGGGAUCCCUAUUCGACUGGAGCUUGAACAUCCCCGGAUUUGGGGGUUUGGAUGUACCUGCGCGUACAGCCACGGUCUUUGAUGGUGGCGAUAUUUCCUACGAAGCCACAAGUCUUGAUCAGGUCGGAAGAGCAAUCGCUCGGUCUUUGAAAAAUCCCGACCUGACCAAGAAUCAAUAUGUCUAUGUGAAUAGUUUCACUGUCACGCAGGAUAAAGUUUUGUCUGCCCUUGAGCGAGCGACGAACGAGAAAUUCACACUUUCCAAAGACACCGUUGAAAAUCUUUGGCAGGAUGGGGCUACCAAAGUGAAGGAUGGACAACUACUUGGUACCUUGUCUAUGAUUGCUGGAUCCAUACUUGGGAAAGGAGGAUUGGCGAACUAUUCCAAGACUAAAGGGCUAUGGAAUGAGAUCCUGGAGUUGCCGCAAGAGGACUUGGAUGGGUUCGUGAGAGAAUACUUGACAGGAGGAACUGUUUGA